AUGGCGGUCGAUUGAGGGAACGGCCGGUUGUUUACAAAUUUUGAAAUAUUUAUAAGGGACAAACAUGUUAAAGAGGUGAGAUCUGGUAUAUUUUUCAUCAUGGAGAAUUACAUACUGUACGACGAAGUUGGUAGAGGAGAACACUCUGUGGUCUACAAAGGUCGUAAGAAAGGAACAAUUGAAUUUGUAGCGAUUCACUGUGUGGAAAAAUGCAAGCGACUGGAGCUUCGAAAUAUUGUCAGACUGACCCACGAGAUGGAUCAUCUAAACGUUGUCAAGUUUCGCGAAUGGUACGAGACAACAAAUCACAUCUGGAUGGUGGUAGAGUUGUGUACAGGAGACAGUUUGGACUUCGUCCUGUCUCAAGAUAAACGUCUGCCAUUGGAAACUGUCAGGCAAUUUGGAAUUGAAAUUGCAAAAGCAUUGUACUACAUACACUCCCUUGGAAUUCUUUAUUGUGAUUUGAAACCAUCAAGGAUAAUGCUUGACGGAGCAGGGGUCUUAAAGUUCAGUGACUUUGCACUGGCUAGAGUUGAAGGAGAGGACGAUUUUUAUGACAGUUUACAAGAAGAACAAAAUUCUGACGACGAGGACCAAAAUUAUAGAGGAACAGAGAAGGAUAAAAGCCAGCGACCCAAACCUUCACCCCACUAUAUGGCCCCUGAAGUACUCAGUGGGGGUCCUCAUUCUAAAGAAAGUGACCUGUGGUCAUUUGGGUGCGUGUUGUAUGAAUUGUUUUCGGGGGAAAAACCUUUCGUCGCAGAUUCUUUUGCAGAACUAGUCACAAAAAUUUUUCAUGAAAAUUCCCCUCAUCUGAGGUUAGACAUGGAGAGUGCAAAAAAUGGAGCAUUACAUGACCUUGACAAUCUAAUUGAAAAACUAUUGGAGAAAGAUCCUACAAAGCGUUUGGACUGGAAAGAUUUGUUAGCUCACAGCUUUUGGAAAGGCGAAUUAGAAAAUAAGUUGAAAUCUGUUGAACAAAUGGAAGGAGAAACAGAAACUAAAGAUCAACAAGAAUUGGAAAGUAAAGAGAGGAGUGCCAAGUUACUUAGUGGACAUAGUGUGGAAGAUAAAGAAAGAGUGAAAACCAUUAAUGAUGGAUUAAAUCUUCCAACACAGAUGGUCAGGCAGGGGACAUAUACCUUCAGUGGCAGGCCACAUACGGCUGACUCUGCCUCGGGUGGUAAUGAAAAUGAAUUUCUUGGUAAAGCUCAGACAGUGGUUAGAAGAACAAAAUUAGAUGAUCAAGACAAGAGUGUGUCCAACUCAACUAAAAGUACAAAAAGUCAGUUUACAAAUGCACCUGUUGCAACUCCUAACUCAAAGAAUGAUAAGUCAAAACUGGUGAAACAAAAUCAAACACUUAAAAAAUCUGACAUCAAUGACCUGAAACAGAAUGGAUAUAAUCAAAGUGAAGCUCAGGAAUGUAAGAGUUCAGUACUUCAGGGUCAACAGGAUGAAGACAACAGUAGUCCAAAUAAAGAGAACAUUUCAGAUCUGGCCAGACAUCCAUCAGAUUUUAUUGUGACACCAAUAGCUGAUAACCCUCGCAUCAAGAAAUUUGCUCUUCCCAAAUGGGAUUCAAAGGCACUACCUUGUCAACCUCUGAAACCAGGAGAGCUUGUAGACCUUCCUAGGGAAAAAUUUGAAGAGCAUUUAACCUCUAUCAGCAGUUUGUUGAGUCAAAAUGACAAAACAAAUGCUGGCCCUGUUGCUUCUCUUCAUCGGAGCAAAUUACACACAGCAUCUUAUUUGGCAUCACUGUGCCGCGAUGGAGAGAUUGUCAAUGAAAUCUUCGACUCAGAUUUUAUACCAGUGAUGCUGAGACAGAUUAAGUCUGGUUUUUCAGCUGAUUUCAAAUCAAGACUUGGAUAUGCUCUCAGUCUUUUAGCUGGUAAUGCGACAAUGAUUUCUGAGGACUUCAACAUGACAGAAGUGUUCACAGUUCUAACAGAGGUCGUUAGAGACAACUUUCGGAAUGCCAAGCUCAAGCAACAUCUCUUACCUGCCUUGGGCGAGUUUCUGUUUUAUGCUGCAACUCAGGAGGAAAAUUUAGGAGGUGAAAUUCCACAAUGGGACAUUCCAGGAGUUACAUUCACUAUCGUCACCAGAUGUCUGCAUGAGGGAGAAGACAUCGUGGUGCAGCACUUUGCCGCUAAAGCCAUUGAGAACGUGGCGUCAACUCGUGGCAGACAUUGCACGAAAUUUGCCACAAAUGACACUGCUCAGCUUCUUUGGAAUUUCUUCACUCACUGUACCAUUGAUGCCCAGAAGGUAACCGCGAUCUCAGCGCUCAGUCGCUUGACAAGUAACUCACCUGCAGUCUUUCAACAUGUAAUUGAGAAGGCAGGUUUCAAAGCAGUAAGCACAGCCUUGGCCAGCAGCAUUCCCAAGAUCCAGCAAGGUUUGGUUACGAUGUUUGUCGUGCUGCUGUCUAACAGACCUCAGAUGCGGAGGAUCGUUCAAGAACGAGACCUGGUCACCAAGGGCCUUCAUCUGUUUGAGAGUCCCUCUAUGGUUAUCCGGGGUAAGGCAUUCCUUUUGGUCCUAACCUUGAUCCAGUCCACCCCAGAAGCUCUCCUCUUGUGCUGCCAGUCCCGGCUGGUCAUGUAUGUCGAGAGACAAGUGAAGAGAGGCAUCCCAACCAAGGGUGAGAGCCGCGAGAAUAGAGACUAUCUUGUCCAGUGUCAGAAUAUUUGUAUGUCCGCCAUCGUUGAUGCGGUACCCGGGAUCUUCUCGGAUGUGUUGGCUUCCCUGGAUGCGGUUCAAGGAAGGAAGCAUCCCUCAGCUACUCAGGCCAAGCAGCUACGAAUACACCUUCCUCUGCUUUCUAUCAUUCUACACCUUGUUACAAGUCACGCUUUCCGUUCGCAAGUAACAAAUGAAGAAUUUCUCGUCAAUAUCGGUUUGCUUCUAUCGCAUGUGAUCUCCAUUGAUUCUGGAAACACCAGCAUUGGAUCAGCAGCGGGACCAAAUGCAGCAGAUGACCUGAUCAGCGUGGUAUUUUCCAUCGCGGAAGCAAUCACGCAACACCCUCCUUUACUUCUGGAGUAUCAUGCAGUCGUCGCGCAACAUAUUCUGCCUCAUCUGGUUGCACUGAUGAGCAGUGCAAAUGGAGAUACACGAGUGUUAAGCUUCAGAAUGUUUGCUGAAGUAGCGUCGCUGUAUUUUGAUAAUCAUAAUGUAUACAAUUCUUCCAGUGAUAUAGAAGAUGUUUUGGCAAGUACCAGGAAACUAAAUGAGGUUAUUAUUAAUCACUUGCUGCCUCAAUAUCAUCUCAUCCUACAAGAGCAAGAUCCUUUGCCCGCAUAUGGUCUUAAGCUGUUACUAUCUUUCUUGGAACGAAGCCCCGACAUCAUCCUCACAGUUGUAGAUCAAAAGCUUCUUCUUACCAUGUCCCAGAUCCUACAGUCCCACACUGACCGGGUCGACAGGGGAAUGGUUUUGAGUAUGGUUGGAUUACUGGAUUGUCUGAUUUCUGCUAAAGAUGUUGACGUCUCUUUGUUGUACGACCAAGGUUUGAUUGACAUCCUCGUUUCCGUGUUCGUUCAUGCAGCGUCGACACAAAACGAGGAAAAUUCUCCCGGAAAUGACACCUCAGUGGUGCUGUUGCUUCCUCUUCUCGAUGCUUUAAACAGUACGUUGAAAUUCGUCUCCAGAGAAGUGCGCAAAGCUUUGCAGGUGAAGACUGAGGCGAGACCAGACAACGAGGCUCAGACGCAAUUGGCGGAGAAGCUUCUUGUGCACAGUAAACCGCUGAUCGAGAUGACUGGCUUGCUUAUCAACUUUCUAUGUCACGAGGACCCGGAUGUGAGGGACAGUUCUUGUAGGUGCUUGUAUCUUAUGGUGGAACUCUUUGGAGGGAUUUAUGAGGAUUCUCUAAGUACGGAGAACAUGGAGUGCUUUGCUGAAGCGUUGAGUGCCGCUGACGUUAAGAAACAAAAGCAACUUUUGAGAAUUGUCAAACGGUUAGUUUCUUCUAAUUCACAGAGUAACUAUUUAGAAGGAAACAGUUUGCAAAGACUCAUUCAUGUGCUACAAGGACUGCCGACUUCAACAGACUCCUCCAUCGCUGAAGGAUCGGCUGUUGAAGGCCUUGUGGGAGAAAUUCUUCUCAAACUAGGCCAUGAUAAUUAGCCCCUUCGGCUGAGGAUUUAAUCAUAACCGACAUGGAGGUGCUGUUUUUAAGUUAUUUUCCUGAGGUCUUAUCUCGAAAGCCACACAGCUGAGUGUGCGCACUUCUGAAUUUGAUUGUAUUUAUUCCCGAGGAGAUAAGGGGUUUUCUGGUGAUGUUCUGCCAGUGGGGGGGAGGGGGGCUAUUCUGGGAUGCAUCGCCCUGUCAAAUUCCUUACCACUUUCGAUUGAAAAAUAAAAAAAGUGAAUACUCUAUCAUAAGGCAAACGUAGUGAGCUUGAAAGUUCUCAGAAAUACAAAAAAAAAUUUUUCUUAAAAAAAAACUAAGGGCUUUAUUAUUUCUUUCUCAAGUAACCUCUAAAAGCGUUAUUCCUCUCAGGAAAAGCGCGUCUUUAUUUUAUUUUUGGGUUUGCUACAAUUUUGUCCAACAGUCAACCUUUAACAUGCUCAACAAAUAUUAUUUGAUAU